AUGAAUUUCAAUGGAAAGAACCGAUUUCAAUAUAUAGCGAAUGGAGAAGUUGAAGAAGGAGACGUGAUCGGAAGAGGCUUGGGGAUUGUUGAAUCGAUCUUGCAUCAGGUGUAUUUAGAUUAUUUUGCAACUGAUUUGAAUGCUUCAGAGGUUUCUGAAAUGGAUUUGAGAAAACACGGCUGUCUUUUAGAUUUCAUAAGGUUUUUAUAUUGAUCGGUGAAGGGAGUAGAGUUUCCGAUGAUAUGUGGGUUUUAGGGCAAGAAUGAGGAAAGUUUAUGUAGG